AUGGCCGAAUACAUUUCAAGUGAAAAAGGCAAGCCUAUGCUUAAAAUCGAUGGUUUCCUAUUCGUGAAAGACAAGCAAGUUGGUAACAAGAUAUAUUGGAAGUGCAAUAAGUUCGCAUCGUAUUGCAAAAGCCGAACAAUUACCAAUGAUGGUGAAGUGAUUAAAGUUCCUCGUGAACAUAACCAUUCCGGUGAUGCUGUCAAUGCAGAAGUGCGCAGUUUUAUGAACAAAGUGAAAAGUGAUGCGAAAGAAAGCCGUGAUUCUCCUCAGUAUGUCAUUUCUGCAGCUGCAUCGCAAUUAAGUGAAAGUGCCGCGCAAGCUUUACCACAAAUAAGCUCUAUAAAAAGAACUAUUCACAACGUAAGACAAAAAGAAAGAGCAGGCUUAGCUAAUCCAAUUCAUAGACGGGAAAUUGUUUUAACAACUGACCAAACUAAAACUCAUAAAGGGGAGCAGUUUUUGCUAUAUGAUUCCGGCCAUUACGAUGAUAGAAUGCUUAUAUUUGCAACUCAGAAUAAUUUGAGUCUACUUGAGAAGAGUGCAAAUUUACAAUUGGACGGAAUAUUUAAAACUGUACCUCAGUUAUUUGAACAAUUAUAUACUGUACAUGCUGUGAAGAAUAAUUACACCAUUCCUGUGGUCUACGCCUUACUUCCAGAUAAAAGGGCUGAAACUUAUAGAAGAUUAUUUGCUCAAAUUAAGUCUAUGGUUCCAAAUUUACAAGUUUCAACCAUAACUUCAGACUUUGAACUUGCAGCUAUAACUGCCGUUAAAGAAGAAUUCAGCACAGCUUCUCAUUAUGGAUGCCUUUUCCACUUAGGCCAGUGCUUGUAUCGAAAGAUAUGUGAUUGUGGUCUGAAAGUGAGAUACGAUACAGAUUCCGAAUUUGCUUUAAAAAUUCGAAUGUCGUUAGCCCUAGCCUUUGUCCCCGUUGACAAAGUUACUGAAUCAUUUGAAGCUUUACUAGAUUCAGAUAUAUAUCCUCAAGAUGUAAAUCCUAUUUUAGAUUAUUUUGAAGAUUCAUGGAUUGGUCGUCCUUCAAGACGUCAUCGACGUAGUCCUAUGUUUGAAAUAAGUAUGUGGUCUUGUUUUGAGAGAGUCAAUACUGAUUUGCCUAGGACUAACAACGCACUUGAAGGAUGGCACAGAGAUUUUUUACAGCAAAUGUCAUCUCAUCAUCCAACAAUAUGGAAGUUCCUAGAUGCUUUAAAAAGAGAGCAGGGUUUACAAGAAAUUCACAUUGCAAAAGUAAAAGCAGGAAGCACAAAUAUGAAGAGUUCCAUGAAAUAUCGUGACUUGAAUGAAAGGAUAAAAAAGUUAGUGGCAACCUUUGAAGAGUACUCAGUAUUAGAGUAUUUGCGCGCUGUAGCGCAUAACUUCUUGCAUUUAUAA